AAGUUAGAUACCGCACUGUAUGGAAAUGCAGGAGAAAUUUGAGAUGAAAACAACUCGGAAUAAUCAAUGAAAUGCGUUCACCAUAGUCAGCGCAUUGAAUUUUCGGAUUCGUAUUCCAGAAUCACCUCAUGAUGCAUGAUUAGCACAACUUCUGCUAAUCCCUACCCUAAGUGUCUUGUACAUGAAAGGGCGUACGUCCCUACCAUGACAUUCAUGCCCCGGAGCCGUUCGCCUAUCAGUAGCACACCAGUCGACGCAUGCGUUACUGGAAUCAUUGAACACAAAUCCAUCGAGGUAACAAGCGGGCAGAACCCGCAUCAUGGAUUUGAAAUGCUAUAUAUCUACUGGUGUGGAUCGAGCCUGGACAAGAUUCAUCUCACUUGUAAGUCUAUUGAAAGAACGACUCUGUCAAUAUCAGCGAUGGCGCUUCAAACCCACCCAUUUGACACUCUUUCUCGGGAUAUCUUGUCGGCCGCACACUGUCAAAAAUACAUACCCAGGCGAUAAGCUUACCUCACGAGCGGUGACGCUCUCGGAGCCCCCCCUAAAGCCGAGAUGGUGCCUUAUCU